AUGACACCGCGAGGAAUGAAGAAGAUGUUUAGGGAGAGUCCCGAAGAGCUUAUCCUCGCCCUAGCGAUUCUGCGCCCAAGUCUCGCUGGUUUGGCAGGUGUAUCCAUCUAUAUCGUCAAGCUUUAUUUCGACUACUUCAUGGCUCGGCAAUUCACCAAGUACCCCAAGCCGAUCGCAAAGUCUCUCCGCCGAGCGCUAUACUACACCAACAUCAGCCCCGACCCGAAUUUAGCAAGGAAAUACUACAAACAAGCUUUGGAGCAGUGCAAUGAGCUCCAGCUGGAUCCGUUCUCCGACGACGUCUUGGGCAUAAGAAUCCAAACUGCCGCUUGGCUUGAGAAGAUCGGAAAUUAUCAGGGAGCCAUCACUGUUCUAGACUCGGUACUAAGAGAUUGCCUCAAGUGGGUGGAGUGGAUGGAAAAGUCCAUCGCAGACGGGACAGUGGACAAGUCAGGAAAGCCCCCUGCUGUCGAGGUACUAAACAAGGACCAACACCCGGCCGUUGCAGAAGAUGGUGAAGAGAAGGUUGUCGAGAACUUAUGGCACAAGCGUACCCGUCUGCUGGCUAAAGCCGUUGGCACCAGCACCAAACUUGGUGCUCUCUACUCCGAUGAGCAUGUUAUGGAACCAGAGAACGCCCAGGCUCGCUUGACAUGGGCUGUCGAGACUGCCUUGAAGGAAUCACGUCGCCGCCAUAAUGAGGGUGUCAAGAAGGAAGAGGGCUCUUGGAUGAGCCCAGAGGAGAUUGGGGGAGCCAUGGAAUCUCAACACUAUGAGUCCAAAUCUCAAUUCCAUCUGGCAGUGCCGCUCUUCUUCCAGGCAUUGCGUCUCUGCGAUAACCCCUGCCACCGAGUUACAAUUACCUUCGCGCAGCAUCCUCUUCAAGCUCUACUGGAGACCGUACCUAACGCCCCUGCAAUUUCCAACGCAAUGGUCAGCCCUGAUAUGCCAACGGAUCGUGCCGGGUUCCUGGAAGCUGCCAAGAACUGGGCUCGCAACGCUUACUCACACUCCAAGGAUAUCACGGGUGACGAGCGCACAGAGGAGUGUGACGAGGCUUGUGCUGUGGCCUUGGCAAAUAUGGGCGACAUCGCUGCCAUGCUAGGAAAGAAGGAAGAUGCUAGGAAACGUUUCCAACAAGCCAUCGACAUGAGCAAUAAGAUUGACUUCCCUCCCGGUGUGGCUCAGGCCAAGGCCGGACUUGAGAGGCUCUAG